CGAAACACAUUGCGGACAUAGAGCGAAGGAGAGAUUGUGGGUUUCUCUUGUGAUUUGGUUAGUAUGAGCUGGAAUCCAUUCAAGAAAGCAAAGCCGUCAGUAAAACAAACAGGUGACAGAGAAUUUGAGAGGGAAGUGGCAAGAUUUAACCAAUUAGAGGGAGCAACAAAGAAAAUUUACAAGGACACAAGAAAAUAUGGCGAUGCUCUUUCAGCCCUGUCAAAAUCUGAGCUACGGAUUUACCAGGAUCUUGCAGCAAGUCCAGUUUCUCAGGAAGAACUGUUUGGGGAACCUGUUCAAGAGUGCACAGCCUGUGCAGAAAAGCUAGAUGAGCUAAGACAAGAACUGGCAGUUAGAAAUCAGAAGACUAUAACGGAUCCAAUGAAAAAGUUUAGCGGAGUGUUCCCAAGUGUGAAUGCAGCAAUAAAGAGACGGGAUCAAGCCCUUCAGGAUUAUCAGAAAUAUCAAGCUAAAGUGCUGAAGCUGCAAGACAGAGAAAAAACUCCACAGACUCAAGCUAAACUGGAUGCGAAUAAUCAAGCAUUAGCAGCGGCCAAACUGGAUUAUGAAAGACAAAACGCCGUCAUGUUGGAGGAUCUACCACAACUGAUUGAUGGUAGGACAGAUUACUUUGAACCCUCAUUUGAAGCCAUGAUCCGAUCAGGGGCAAGUUAUUACAGUCAGGCUUCGCAAGUCCUUUGCGACCUCACAAACAAACUGGGCUGGAAGAACGAAGAACUCUCCGACGAGGAUCGUCAGCAGCAACUCCAGCAGAAACUAGCUGAGAUAAAAUCGCUGUCCAUAGUGGAGGAUGGUUGAAAAUUAAAAACGAAGUGAAGAAAGAAUAUGCAAACGAAUGUGCGGACUGGAGGACGUGCCGGGUCAAGGAUAAAGCUAUAUACCGAGGAAACGGAACUGGUUUGGUUCAUCAGCAAACCUGAUUGUCUUAUCCACAUGUAAAGACAUCUCGCGCUAGACUGAUGAUAAUUACCGUCCCGUCACUGAAAACAGUUCUUUUUUUCUGGUUUACUCACAUCUGGACAACCAGACCACGUGAUAAAGAACACAAAUAGUGAAUAAAUGUAAAUAAUGACCUUAAGAGGAAGAAGAAGAAGAUUUUUCUCGACACACAAAAUUUCUUUUGAUUACUCUUUAUUUUACUAUUUAAACUGCACAAUAGUUUAUUUUUUACAAAAUUGUUUUCUUCCCUAAUUUCCUACAGUCUUUGGUAAGAUCUAACAAAACCGAAGAAAAACAUUUGCAGUAGAAAAACGCCAGGGAACAUACUGACAGUACUAGAUGGAAACCACAUGAGAGAAAUACAGAGAAAAAACCUUUUAAGAAUAACUAUUUCUCGGGCAUUGUUGCGCAUUUUGCGGGCUAAAAUGGAGAUUUUUGUGAGCUAAUAACUUCUUACUAACCGCGCGCGAGGGAAUAUUGGCCCCGGGCUCGUGGCAAAAAUGAUCGAGGGUCAUAUUCCCCAGUAACGUCGUCGUCCAUGUUGUGAACAGUCGUUUAGUGAAUUGUUUGUUAGUUCCUAUGGCAUUUUCGUAGAGUAAGGUGCCAAAUACUCAUGAAAGUAGUUUCCCUAAUUACAGAUUCAUUACUCGACUAGUUAAAUUACAAACAUAAUUUUGAAACGAAACAUGAAAAAAAAAUUAUCAUUAGAGUGAAAAAUGAAAUGAA